GCUGUCCGUUAGCUCAUACGGACGCUUGUGGUCCAGACUUGGCUGAUUAUCAGUUCUUGCGACACUAUUAAAAAAAAACCCUGCGAAGUUGAAGACGUCGUGAAGUUUGGAUGGUUUCAAGGCAAUCUUGGUUCCACAGCAGUGCCUAACCUCUGGAAUUGGUAGGCUAACUUGUUUCUGCUAAUAGGAUCCUAUUGCAAUUACUGUGAAGGGCAUGGCCAGCAGAGGAGCAUCCAGGCCAAAUGGUCAGUCCCAAGCCAGCAAAAUCUGCCAGUUUAAACUCGUAUUACUGGGGGAGUCGGCUGUGGGGAAAUCCAGUCUUGUGCUACGCUUUGUUAAAGGACAAUUCCAUGAAUACCAGGAAAGCACAAUUGGUGCUGCAUUUCUCACACAAUCAGUCUGCUUGGAUGACACAACAGUAAAGUUUGAGAUCUGGGACACUGCUGGACAGGAGCGAUAUCACAGUCUAGCUCCCAUGUACUACAGAGGUGCUCAAGCUGCCAUUGUGGUUUAUGACAUCACCAAUCAGGAGACAUUUGCAAGAGCAAAGACAUGGGUGAAAGAGUUGCAGCGACAAGCAAGUCCCAAUAUAGUUAUAGCACUGUCGGGAAAUAAAGCUGAUCUGGCUAAUAAAAGGAUGGUGGAAUAUGAGGAAGCACAAGCAUAUGCAGAUGAUAACAGUUUGUUGUUCAUGGAGACAUCAGCAAAGACAGCAAUGAAUGUUAAUGACCUAUUUUUGGCAAUAGCCAAGAAGUUGCCAAAGACUGAACUUCAGAAUGCCAGUGGAACAACAGGGCGCAACAGAGGUGUGGAUCUUCAUGAACCAUCUCAGCAGAACAAGAGCCAGUGUUGUAGCAACUAAGCAAACAAUGAAGGAGCUUGCUCCAAGUUGACAACUGCACAUUCAAUAACGAGUUGAAAUGGAAUCUCUACAUCCAUGCCUUUUGCAAUGCCUCCUUUAAAGUACCUGCAGAAUGGAUGUGGGACUUGACUUACACCCAUCUUUAUUUUGUACUAGAGAUGCAAAUAUCAACCUAAUCACUCUUAUUUUCCUCCCCUUUUUUAAUGUUCUUGCUAUGUGAAUGCACGUCUGUCUCCUAAAACACCAGUUAUUCAAAAGCUUUUUUUAAAUGAAACACUUGUAGAUAAUUUGGAAUUCAAAUUUAGAUUAUUCUUUAAACUGUAACUUUGCAGCUUGUGCUGAAUGUAGACUGUAUCCCCAAUUUGUCAAUGUUUGGCCUAUAUUUUGAAACUGCACAGAAGUAUCAGUAUUUGCAUUGUUUAACCUUGGCAGUCAAUUCUUUGCAGUUUGGGAACUUGUGGGAAUUGGCCCUUUCUAGGAUGGAAAUUGCAGAGGAGAGAAGGACUCCACUAAACAGUGGCAUGGCUAUCCUAGAGUAAUCAAUUUGGCUGCUAAAAUUUAUAAUGAAAAUUAAACUACCUUUUAUGACAACUAGUUAUUUUAACUGAAGGUAGAUUUUAAUAGGAGCCUGAUAACUGUUUAAAUCACAUUGUUAAAGUUUGUGCAACAACUAUAGGCUCAACUUCGGAUCUCGUUACAAUGCUUGCCUUUUUGGAGAUUAAGAGACAAAUGCAGGCUUGCAAAAGUUGUGGGGGUGGACGGGAAGGUACACCUGAAGCUAAAUAAUGCACAGGUGAGGAAUUCUGGCUUAAUGGUGUGAAUGCAGUUUCAAAAUAGUGACAUGGGCUACAGUAGUAUGCUUUUGCUCUUUCUGGGUGUAUCCCAAAGUUGAGUGCAGUAAAUAAGCUAGCUGUGAACCUUUUUAUGGGGGCUGGGGAGGGAAGAUUGAACAAGCUUCAUACUGUAAUGACUAACCACUACAUGUCCUGAACAAUUCAACCCGCUUGCACUCAACAAUUUGCUCAGCCUCUUGCAAUGAGGCUGUGUACAUACAUGACUGAACUGACAUCUACAGAGCACUUGCCUCCUCUUAACACCCUUUUCUGACAGUAUUCCCAUUUUGAAUGCAGUGCCAGUUGAACAGAAUCAGAUGAGUUAGAUGCAUGCUACAAUCUCUCCGCCUUCAUUUGGAAGGAGGAUGUUAGUUUUCUGUUAAAACUGACAUGGCAGUGAAGUCAAAUUUAGCUUUAUUACUUGAUUGUCAGUAGUAAUAGGACCCUACAGCAUAAACCUUUUUUUGUUUUACUUUCUGGAAAAAUACUUUGAAGCUUUUGCCCUUUGCAAGAACAAUCCACUCCAAAUUUCAAAGCUAUUUUUGCUUCUCCCCCUCCCCAGUUGCUUUCUGAAAAUGUUGACUUUUAGACACAAUGAUGAUGAUUUUCACUCAUUUGCAAAAGAACCCAUUUUCCUCUCCACCCCCACUUGGAAUGCAUUUGUAGGUUCAGCAAUAGUUACAAUCAGUUCCUGAAUCUGGAUUACUUUGUAGAAAGGUUCUCCUUGCAGGUGACUGACUCCAGAAUGCCAAUUAUGAGUUAAUGCAGUGUUUUGGGGAGGAGGAUACUUCUAAAUGGCAUGGUCUGAAAGCCAGAUGGUUCCCUUGAAGAUUAAUUAAUGGUCAAAUUCACUGAACUUGAAAGACUGAGCACUUGAUUUAAAAACUGAACGUUUUAAUAAUUUGAGUUCCUGAUUUUCUUUUUCUUCUCUAGCAGAAGGAUUGAAAGCAGAUUAAUGUAGUUCAUAGCAACAGUACCACAAGUCUGCAGUAUAGAAGUUGGGCCAUAGCACAGUACUUCAAUUUUCAGAUACUUUUAAAUGUCCAGAGAACUCCUGAGAUUGGGUGUUUUUCCUAACAGUCCAAGGUCUUGGAGUUGUCAAAGUAGAAUGUGUUUUAAAUUUUAGCACCUUUAAAUCAGCCACUGUUGGGAGCAUGUGAUGAAUGGUUAGGCCUUGCAUAGGAAUUAUUUAACCUUUUUCUGAUGCACUUUACUAGUUCUUGUAAUUUCUUUGCAUUUCAUCUAGUCUGGUGCCUAGUUAUAUGUCUGUAUAUGUAUGAAUCGUGCACUGAGAAUAUUUAAAAAUCUGGCCUUUCUGUAAUAUUGAAGAAUUAGGUUUUCCUUUGGCAGUUGACUCCAUCUAGGUGCCUAUGACUUUCAGAUGUUUUAUUGAAUCUUCAAAUGUAAAAACUCCUUUCAAAACUUGUAGCUUGGUUCACAAUCCCUAUUUGCCAAAUUUUUCUUUCAGCACAUUCCAGUUCCUAUGAUUUUUGAGUAGCUUGUCUUGAAUUAAAGUGGGGGAAGCCAUGUCUGGAUCUCAUUCCUUGAGAUACAUUUAAGUGAUUAGUACAAGUCAGUAUCAAGUCAUGUACAAGAUGGUAGUCUGAUAUUUUAAUGAAUUGCAUGGCACAAAUGCACAAGUUAACAAAUGAUGCUAAUCGUCAUCAAAUGGAAGCAAACCGAACACAAUUGUGGAUGCGUUAGAUUUUUAAAAUCAUUCUCUGUGCAGGAUCUGUAAAAGGUUGAAUUUCAGUGCCAAAAAACUGGUCAAGUGACUCGUGAAUAGAUGCAGCAGCAAUUCCUUCUAAAAUUCAUUUGUAUUUUGUACUUAAAUUAGGCUUUAUUAAAGAUUAUGUUGCAACUAAAUAAUGGAAUUCUGAUUCAUGUAUUUAAUGUAACUGUCAAUGUAUUAAACAGAUGGCCUUUCUUAUGCUAUGGAUUAUUACUGUGCACUUGAAUGGUAAUUUUGGCGAUAAUGUUUCAUUUGAGCAAAUGUGAGGGGAUACUCUGCCACUGAGUGUUCAGAACAACCUGGAUUAUGCAUUAAACUUGAGGCUUUCACUUUUGUA